UGCAGAGGCCGCAGACGAAAAAGCGAGUCUCGGACAGACGGUUAGAUCGAACGCACGCGGGCAAGCCACCGUCCCAUUUUCGCCGUGGAACUGGCCACGAGAGGUCGACUGACGUUGUUUACCUACCAUCUAAGACUCGGUCAGUUUUGGCUUUGAAGCACCUCAUAUCUGUUGCGUUUGGAAUCAAGUAGAUUGGGAUCUCAUAUCAAAACAGUUCAACGUAAAAGUGGAGCAAAAGUCUUUUUUUUUUUUUAAGUAUGAAAAUUUUAUUCUUUAUGAAUGAAAAAAUAAGACAAUAAGAAAUUUAAUAAGAAGACAAAUAUUUGAAUCAAACGAAGGGGAAAAAAAGUCAGAUAUUUAUUUUGCGUAUAGUAAAAAGGUGUGUGCCAAGUUCCCUUGCUAUUAAUAAUGUGCAUUUUUACUGAAGAAAUAAUCGUCGCACGCUAAGAAGAAAUAUGAAUGACAACUCUUGGCUGAACCACUAAUUUUGUUCUUCAAGUAGCCGAUGGUAGUUUUUGAAACUUAACCAGAAAACUAUUGAUGACUAAAAGAUAUGACACAGAUUGAACUUGUUAAAGCUUCGAAUGCAGUUUAUCGAGGAAUAGAGAAAUUUUUCCUUGACGUUUGUGUUGAAGCAAAUUACUUAGAAAAUUCUGACUGCGUGAACACUCUGGGUGACAAAUUCAACUGACAGCAAUAUCUAUUGCUGUGGACAAGUCACUAUUAACUUGAAGUUCGCGCGUAUAGCUCCGAAGUGUCGUUUAUCGCGGUCUUUGGUCGCGAGGUGGAUUCCAAAGUGUCGCUGGUCAGCGAGUUGUCAGCCCUGGGUCUGUCGUAUGAGCCGAGUGGGCUGAGGUCGUCCAAAGUGGACACGCUCGCUGGCUGGAGGCAGCGAGGGGGGAGAUCCCUGCCCUUGCUUAGGAACGACGACAUGAAGAUGGUGCAAUGCGCGGGCUGCGACAGACCCAUCCUAGACAGAUUCCUGCUCAAUGUCCUGGACAGGUCGUGGCACGCGAAAUGUGUCCAGUGCUGCGACUGCAAGUGCAACCUCACGGAAAAGUGCUUCUCCAGAGAAGGAAAGCUCUACUGUCGAAACGACUUCUUCAAGCGUUUCGGAACAAAAUGUUCAGGAUGUUCACAAGGUAUUUCUCCUACGGAUUUGGUCCGUAGGGCGAGAAAUAAAGUAUUCCACCUCAAAUGUUUCACCUGUUUGGUGUGUCGGAAGCAACUGUCCACAGGUGAAGAGCUUUACGUUUUGGACGAGAACAGGUUCAUCUGCAAAGAUGACUACCUCAGUAGUAGGCAUAGUCAAGGUAAGUUAUCUCAUUUACAAGUUGUAUAA